GAAUAAUUGCAUGUAACAAUAAUUAUUGUACAUUGAACGACCUUCACGACUUCAUGGUCUUCAUGAGAAUCCUACACGACACGAAAGAAUAAACGAACACAGAUGUUUCUGGUUAGACUGUUGAACUCAGGAACUCGCUUGACUUGAUGUGCGUGAGAGUUAGGUUAUGAUUUCCGUCCGAAUAUAAUAAAGUUGUGCCAAAGUUAACAUAUUUUUAUAAUUAAAAAUAUAUAAAAUGGAUACAGGUAGAUCUGAAGACAAACCUGUGACAGAAUUUAAUAUCUCAGUUCCUUGGGGACAUAUUAGAGUGAAAGCCUGGGGAUCAGCAGAUAACCCACAUGUGUUAGUAUUCCAUGGCCUGGCAGAUAAUGCAGGUAGCUUUGACAAUCUGAUGCCCUACUUAUCAAAUAGCUUUUAUUACCUUUGCAUGGAACUUCCAGGACAUGGCAAAUCUUCUCAUUUUCCUUCAAACCUGCCAAUACACACGACAGACUAUAUAAUCGUUUAUAAAUUAAUUGCAGAACAUUUUAAACAAAAAAAAUAUAUUAUAGUAUCUCACAGUCUAGGAGCGCAGAUUGCAAUGAUGUUUGCCAGGGUAUAUCCUGAUUAUGUAGAAAAAUUGAUUGGAUUGGAACUCAUACCACCGGUGCUUCCAGAUGCUAAACGAUCUAUCAAAUAUGUGAAGUCUAGGCUGGAGUUAUUUGAAAAUAUCGCAUCCAGAGGACCUGCAAGCUACAGUUAUGAUGAAGCUUUGGAGUCAUUCUCUAAAAACAGAUAUGCUGACGAGGUGUUAACCAAAGAAGCUGCAGAACCUAUCUUAAAGAGGUGUUUGCAACAACAAGAUAAUGGCAGAUACAUCUUCACUACAGACGAACGCAUAAAAGCCUAUAUCAACCCUCUUCACGAUAUGAGAUACGAGAUAGAAUCUUUCAAAUCGGAUCCGCUGAAAUGUCCGACUUUAAUAAUAUUAUCCAAAUUAAACGAUCGUCCACGAAAGAAAUACAGAGAUCUUAUCAGCAAAUGGCAGGCAUGCAAUAAUAUUACAAUCACUUACGUCGAUGGUCACCACGAUAUUCAUAAUAAUAAUCCAAGGAGAGUAGCACCUUAUAUUAAUAAAUUUUUAUUGGCACACCAAUCUAAGUUAUAAAUAUAAAGGUUUUGACGUGUUGGGGAAUUUUUGUUAUGUUAUCUACGUUUAAUAUGAUAUGUGGUUAAAUUAUAUCAAACGCGACGUUGACGUAUCAGGGAAUUUAUGUCAUUUGUUAUCUAAGUCUAAAAUGAUAUGUGGUUAAAAUCAUUAUCAUUAAAAAACUCCAGGAGGUAUUGAAAAAAAAAUAUUAUAGAAGCAAAUAAAAUUUGAAAUUCAA